UCAAUAUGCCAGAAUGCGUGAAUUAACAAAUAUGCGCAGAAACAAGUCACUGUAUUGUAUUACGUAUGUGUUUUUUCUUUUUGUUUGUUUUUUUUCUCCUUCUUCUCUGUCUCUCCCCACCAAACAAAAACCCACAGAGGAAAACAACUUUCCUUUCUCCACCCCAAAUAACAAGAAUUUUUUUAAGGAGCAAAAAAUUUCCUUUUCCCCAGGAGAAUGUGUGAGCCAGAGGAAGACAAAGCAUGUCCUUUCCCGCCAAAACAACAACCGCAGGGGAUCAUGGAUUCGGUUGAUGAUGACGAUGAUGGCGUUGAUCUCCAGAAUUCCUGGCCGUUGGAUCAGCUGACUUUCCUUUCUAACCCACCUUCUCCUUUCAUCAUAUCUUCUUCUGAGCAGCCUUUUUCUCCUCUCUGGACUUUCUCUGAUGAAGAUAGUAAGCUUGGGUCUGCAGCCGGUUACAAUCUUUUCCUAACCUGCACUUCCAAUUCAGUGAAUGAAAAUCCUAAGGAAGACGAUAAUAAGAGAGGGCUGUCUUCGCCAUUUCUGGGACCGGUUCCACUUGAGAACCCAGAUAGUUAUUGUGCAAUGAAAGAAAGGAUGACUCAGGCACUGCGUUACUUCAAAGAAUCGACACAACAACAUGUUCUAGCACAGGUUUGGGCGCCCAUAAAGAGUGGUGGCCGAUAUGUCCUAACGACUUCAGGACAACCCUUCGUUCUCGAUCCAAAUAGCAAUGGGCUGCAUCAGUAUCGGAUGGUUUCAUUGAUGUACAUGUUUUCUGUCGAUGGGGAGAGUGAUAAGCAGCUCGGGCUUCCCGGUCGUGUUUUCCUGCAGAAAUUGCCAGAAUGGACUCCGAAUGUGCAGUAUUAUUCGAGCAAAGAGUACUCACGGCUCGGCCAUGCUUUGCAUUACAAUGUUCAGGGAACCUUGGCAUUGCCAGUGUUUGAACCUUCAAUGCAGUCUUGUGUUGGUGUACUUGAACUCAUAAUGACUUCACAGAAGAUUAACUAUGCACCUGAGGUUGAUAAAGUAUGCAGAGCACUUCAGGCAGUGAAUCUGAAGAGUUCAGAAAUAUUGGAUCAUCCGAUCACCCAGAUUUGCAAUAAAAGUCGCCAAAAUGCGUUGGCCGAAAUUUUGGAGAUUUUGACAGUAGUAUGUGAAAAUCACAAACUACCUUUGGCUCAAACCUGGGUUCCUUGCCAGCAUCGCAGUGUUCUGGCCAAUGGUGGUGGUCUAAAAAGAAGCUGUACAAGUUUUGAUGGUAGCUGCAUGGGACAAGUCUGUAUGUCAACAACUGAUUUGGCUUCCUAUGUUGUAGAUGCUCACACGUGGGGUUUCCGAGAGGCUUGUCUCGAGCAUCACCUACAAAAGGGUCAGGGUGUUGCCGGUCGGGCGUUUUUAUGCCACAACUCGUGCUUCUGUGCCGACAUUACCCAGUUUUGCAAAACUGAGUACCCCUUGGUACACUAUGCUCGCAUGUUUGGAUUAACCGCAUGUUUCGCAAUCUGUUUACGGAGUGCUUAUACCGGAGAUGAUGAUUAUGUUCUUGAAUUCUUUUUGCCCUCAGCUAUUGUUGACAGCAAUGAACAACGGACUUUGUUGGGCUCCAUACUGGCAACAAUGAAGCAGCAUUUCCGAAGUCUUAAGGUUGCUUCCGGAGACAAACUUGAAGAGAGUGAAGGAUUUAUCCAAAUCAUUGAAGCUUCUUCAGAUGAAAGGCAUGAUUCGAUACUUGAAUCGUUUCCAAUCCCUCCAUCCGUGAAAUCACCACCUGGGAUUAACACCUCACCAGAUAGAGAACUACAAUUAGAUUCGUCACGACAGUAUUUAACCAUGAAUCUUGACCCUGCAACUACUGGAGGUAGCAUUGCAGCUAGUGGAAGUGACAAACCUAUUUGUCUUCCACAGAAUAAAGAUGGAAAAAAACUGGAGAGAAAACGUGGGAAAACCGAGAAAUCAAUUAGUCUGGAGGUGCUCCAACAGUAUUUUGCAGGGAGUCUCAAAGAUGCUGCAAAAAGCCUUGGUGUUUGUCCUACGACAAUGAAGCGCAUCUGCAGGCAGCAUGGGAUCUCCCGAUGGCCAUCUCGUAGGAUCAACAAAGUUAACCGUUCCUUGAGCAAGCUAAAAUGUGUUAUUGAAUCUGUCCAAGGUACGACAGACAGCACAUUUGGUUUAGCUUCUCUCGCCAGUAGUCCGCUCCCAGUUACUGUUGGUUCGGUAUCAUGGCCAACCAGUUUGAAAGGUUCCAAUCAACAGAACUCACCAAACUCCAAACCUUUGGAGCCUCAAGGUGAAAAAGAUGAUAGUACACAGGGAAGUAAUGGACAAGCUUUGGUGGAAGAUUGGUUGCUUGGAGGGAGGACAUCGAGCCAAGAACUUUUCCCUCAGCUGAAUGGGCUUUCACCGAACAUGGAUGAAGGGGAAGAAGUGCUGAGAUGCCAAAGAGAAGAGAGUGCUGACAUGCCUACUUCUCGUGGCCUGUGCCAAGGUAAUCCUGAAAUUGAAAGCGCAGGUACUAAGGAUCCACUCAAUUCCAUUCAAUGCUUUAAAGCACACAGCCCUCCUGAAUUGGCCUUUCAAUCUUUAGGGGGGUUGAAUGUAUCAGCCACAUUCUCAAUGCCUGAAGCCCUUCUGGCUACAGAAUGUCAAGAGCCCUUUGGGGGUAUGCUAGUAGAGGGUGCCGGAAGUUCUAAAGACUUGAGAAACCUAUGCCCUUCAGCAGCGGAAGCCGCCGUAGAUGAGACACCACCUCCAUAUUCUGAUCUGGCUCUCAAGCAGGCCACAACUACUUAUACUCAAUCAACACCCAAUUUAACAGCUAGGCAGGAAAAAACGAGUGUGACGAUUAAGGCUACAUACAGAGAAGAUAUAAUUAGAUUUCGGAUCUCCUUAACUUCUGGUAUAGUGGAACUGAAAGAGGAAGUGACCAAGAGGCUGAAGCUGGAUGUGGGUACUUUUGAAAUCAAGUAUUUGGAUGAGGAUAAUGAAUGGGUUUUGAUAGCUUGUGAUUCCGACCUUCAGGAAUGCCUAGAUGUUUCAAUAUCAUCAGGCUGCUAUAUGGUUAGAUUGUCUGUUCAAAGUGCGAUGGCCAAUCUAGGUAGUUCCUGUGAGAGUACUGGAGUGUUAUGAUUAGGUUGUAAUUUUAGAAUUUAAUUCUUGUAGUCCUAGAAUUCUAGGUGAGUGAAAGUACAGGUUUUGGUUCCAAGUGCUUGCUCAAGCUGUAAGAAACCUUUCUUUUUAACUAAAAAAAUCCCAAUUCUCGUC